UUUAUCCAAUAUUCGUAAAGAACUCAAGAAAAAUAUUAAUGAUAUGAAUAUAUUAUUAUUCGCAAUAAAAGUAGGUCAAAUAUUUGCAAAAACCGAACCUGAUGAUGAAAAUGAUACGAUUUUAAAUGAUAUUAUAUUUGAAAAUUCAGGAAGUAAAUUUUUAUAUUUAAUGAAAAUAUUUGAAUGAAAAAUGUAAAUUAGAUUUUGGACGUAUUACGAGUUUUGACGGAAUUAAAGAAGCUAGUAGUAAAGCGUUUAAAAUGAGGGAUUGUGAAUUUAAACCAAUUGAUUCUAAAGGAUAUAAAAAGGGUCGACUUGAAUUUAAAUCAGAAGAGGAUUGGAUGAAGAAAACAAACUUAUUUUUUGGUAUAGACAUCAACGUACAAAAUUUUAUAGGAUUAGGAUUAUCAAUUGGAAAAUCAAAAGAUGAAAAUUUUAAAGAUGAAGUCAAUUCAACUUAUGUAUAUACAGAAAUUGGUAAAGCGUCAUUAAAAUUUAAUAAGGAAAAUUUAGAAUUAACUUCUCACUUUAGUAAUGAUGUCAAGAAUGCUAUAAAAUCCAAAGAACAUAAUAAAUUUAGGGAAAUUAUUGAUAAAUAUGGACAAUUUGUUCCAACUGAAGUCAUUUUGGGAGGAAGAGUUUAUUUUAAAGGCGUCAAAACAUUAUCAGAAAAUUCUACAAAUAAAACUAAAGAAAGUUCUGUGAACAUGAAUUUUGGACCUCCAAUCGCAAGAAUAGGAGGUAAUUCUAGCGACUCGGAAAGAAAAUCUGAUUUUUACAGUUUUGAUCACAUGAAAAUACUUGGAGGAAGCCCACCUGUUGAUGAAAAUUUCGAUGAAAAAGUUUGGAAUAAAUCUUUAGAAGACUAUCGAACUUGGGAUUGUAUAGAGCUUAAGAAUCCUAUUAAUAUUUUUAAAUUACUACCUGAUGAUAUUUACAAAGAAGCAUUUAAAUCUAUUGGUAAAAGAAUUCUGCGUACAAUUGUUAAGGAUUAUGAAUAUCGUUUAGAUAAUCCUGAAAGGUACCAAAUUAUUGAAUUAACGGAUGAAGAAUCAAAAAUUAUUUUAAAUAAAGAUGCAGAUUGUGAUAUCUUUGCAACAGUUGUUGAUGAUGAUGAAAAUUCAAAAAAAGUAUUUUUUAACUGUCAAAUUUUGAAAAACCAAAAUGCAAAACCCAGUAUUAUAAUUCAUGUUAUACAAAAAGAACCUCAAAAACGUAUAUGUAAAUUGAAAAUUGGAAUAAUGAUCAUUGGUUAUGAUGUAGAUUUUAAUUUUAUUAAUUCAAAUGUUAGUGUUGAAUUAUUAGUAAAUAAUAAUUAUAAUUUUAAUGAUGGAUUAAUGGCAAAUAACCUUUUUUUGGGAAUUCCCGUAUUAGAAUAUUUCAAUCAUUUGAAUGAUUCAAUUACAAUCGGUCAUAAUUUUCGCGAGUUAAAUAAUGAGCUUAUCAUAGAACCAUUUUCUUAUUGUUCAAAAAAACAUUGUUAUCAUUUUUCUAAUUUACCACAAUUCUCUUUUUACACAAUUGUUAUCAAAAAUUAUUCCAAUAUUUAUGAAUCUCGUAUAUUAGAAUAUCCAAAAAAAGAUGAAAUUAAAUUUAGUGAUAAAUGUCCAAAAUAUAUUAGUAUGUAUUUUUCAGAAGCUGAUAGUUAUUUACCAGUUUUUAUGAACCAAAAAAGUGAAAAGGUUUAUUUAAAACAUUUUUGCAAUAAGUGUGAGAAAUGCAAACAAGAGCCGGAAUAUAAUAUCAAAUUAAAAACGUACAGUAUUCUUUAAUCUAUUAAUAUGAAACGUUAUUAUAUAUGAAUAUUUUUUAUCAAUAAAAAAUUUAUAAUUUACCAAGUUAUUUGCUAAA